ACCCACACAUGGGUCGCGCACAGACAGUUUUCCGCUGACGGUGUAGCUUCUGUCCUCGACCCUGUAACUGAAACCACCGGAGAAAGAGAAGGAUGUUCACGUUUUAUGUGCUCUUGGUUCUUCUCUUUAGAGCCUCUGGCACUCUGCUCUCCGCAAACCCCGGACACAAUGUGACUUUACCGUGUUUCUAUGACUCCAGCGCCAGAAAUCUGUGCUGGUACAAGCAGGUUGCGGGGGAGCAACCUCAAAUCUUAUCCUCUUUCUACAAACAUUCACCUGGCUCCAACAAAUUCCACAACCAGUUCCAAGACAACAAACGCUUUUCAGUUCGUACUGGCAAAGGGUUCUACCAUCUGAACAUAUUUAAUGUCCAGGACUCAGAUUCAGCUAUGUACUACUGUGGACACACCACUGGUACAGUCACUGAAUUUAACAAUGGAACAUUUUUGGUUUUAAAAGAGUCCAGUCGAAGAACUUUCCUUCAGCAGCCGGCGUCCGACUCUGUGAAGCCAGGCGAAUCUGUAACUCUGAACUGCACGGUGUACACUGGAACCAGUGACACAGAACACAGUGUUUACUGGUUCAAAAGGGAGAAUUCAGGAAACUCCCACUUGGGAAUUAUGUACAUCGACAGACACAGCCGCAGUCAGUGUGAACAGAGCCUGUGGCAGGAGUUUCCUGCACGGAGCUGUGUGCACACUUUAUCAAAAAGGAAUGCGAGUGUGUCGGAUGCUGGGACGUACUACUGUGCUGUGGCUUCGUGUGGAGACAUACUGUUUGGGAAAGGAGCAAGACUGGAUGUUGGAGAGAAACAGGAUGACAGUUCCCCUGUCUUCAUGCAUUGCAUGGUUGCAGCUCUGCUUUUGUCCGUUUUCUUGAACAUCAUCCUAAUCGCCAUCCUCUGCAAAAUUUCCAGGAGAAUAUGUCCUCAUUCUGAAGAGCUGCAACCUCACUCGAGUGUCCCAGAAAACACUGCUAACAGUCAGAGUGAGGAAUCUGAUGCUCAACAGUACGUAGCUCUGGACUUCAAAGAGAUGAAAGGCAAGAGCAGGAGACGGAGGAGCACAGAAGAGGAGACAAUUUACUCUGGAGUUAAACUGUCAGAGCUGAAGUGAUUGUAGCUAUUUCAAGUUGGGGUAGACAGUUUUCUGGAACAGGCAAUGAAAAAAAAGCCAUCAUUUGAAAAUACAUCCCUCUUCCUGCAGCUGUGCCCUCUCUGUCCUAAGCCCCUCUCUUCAUCCAGUAACCUGUACGAGUACUAGUCAUUCAUUUCAGUCAUCCCCAUUGUGAUCCCCAUGCAGUUAUAUAGCCACAGUGCUAUAUGAGAAUUACCGUCCUGAUUUCUUUGCAAACUUGUGGGCCUGCAAAACACUUUGAGAUGACAUACUGUGAUUUGAGGCUCAAGGUAAGUCUUGGGUGGUAUUGAUUUUUUCAUACCUUUUUGACAUUUUUCCCCCUGGGGUAUAUGGUAUAUGUCCUUUGUAUCAUUUAAAAAAAAAAAUAUAUAUCUUUCUCCUCUAUGCAACCACAUCUUUAACUCGAGCUAAAGGUUGCCUUCAUGUUUCUGUUAAUGACACACACACACACAUAUAUAUCAAAAGUUGUUCUUUGUGUUUAACAGUUCAGAUGUACAGAGGAAAUAUAUCUGCCUCUAACUGGCCUGAUUUACUUCUUAAUGCCAAGUAGUCAGUGGAAAAAGAAAAGAAAAAAAAUCCACUAUUGCCACACAAUGUAUGCGCUGCCCAAGGAUGUGCUCUGGUAGCCAGCUCACAGGGUUUCUGACCUAUUUUCAAUACUAGCAUAAAAUGUACCCCUACUGUUGAUGUCAUGUCCAUAUUCUGGUGCAAAACUACUAUCAAGAUAUUAUUUGUACAGUAUAUGAAUGAAAAUUGAUGGACUGAGACUUGAUUAACUUCUCUUUGACCCCACUGACUCUCAAUAGAAAAGUCUGAAAAAGCCCGAAGACAGCAUGAAAUCUAAAAUAUGAUAAGCAAUCAACUGGCACUACACUGGUAUAGGAGUUUGAAAUCAUGUGCAGUUUGAAUGUAAUUUUUUUUCAAGUCUGUCUUUUUUUUUGGGUUGCCUUGCAGUGUAGGCAGUUGUUGCCAUUGCUGGAUUAGCAACUUUUUUCUGCAGGAUUUUCUGUCUGAAAGUAUGUGCAUACACAUCUGCAUAGAACAGCCAACAGGAGCGUGAUUUCAGUUAUUAUUACAGCAUAUUGUAAUAUUAAGAUCAACUUUUGUGUUUUUGAUCCUUUAAAUCCUAAAUAUGCUUAACUGCAAAGUUAAAAAUGUACUCUUGUAACACAAAUUAAGGAUUAAGGAUUUAGCGAAGAAUACUUAAUUUUAAUUUUCUUCUUAAAAGGCAGUGGUUUCUUCAUUUUUACAUGGUUCCUUCAUGAUGACCUCCAACUGCAACCGCCAACAUGAGGAAAUGAGUAUUCCUUAAAUGCAUUUUUUUUUUCUCAUUCCUAAAAAGACUGUCCUCACAAUUGGUCCUCAUGUGAUCUGCAUAAGUUUAUUGUAAAUGUUGCUGUUUUGCUCUCUUUGUGUGAACGUGUAUAUAAAUUAAAGAUUGUAUAACCUAA